ACUCAGCUUUCGAAACGAGUGUAUCAUUCGAUUUUUUUUUAGUUUUUAAAUCGAUUACGAAUCGUGUGCUGGUGCCUUAAUUAGAAGUAGUGGUGUUAAUUUGAAGAAUCGAAAAUGGCCUUUAAGUUGGUGAUCGUAGCUCUGACCCUAAUGGCGUGCACACACGGCAAAGUGUUCUACAACUUACGACCGAUCAGGGUGGUCCACUCCGACCUGCAGCCAGCCGCCACUAUCGUGCACCAAGAGCCUAAACUCAGCUACGAACAUCACCAUAUCUCGGAAGACGAACACGUAGAUUAUUAUGCGUAUCCAAAAUACGUCUUCAAAUAUGGCGUGAAUGACUUCCACAGUGGCGACAUUAAGACUCACCAUGAAAGUCGGGACGGCGACGUUGUCAAAGGUCAAUACACAGUGGUUGAACCCGACGGCUCCAUCCGCACAGUGGACUACACAGCCGACAAGCACAAUGGUUUCAACGCCGUGGUCCACAAAACCGCCCCUAUUUCGCCCCAUGAGGCUGCCCAUCUUCACCACUAAGCCACUACUGAUUAAGAGACCUGUUGGAUACUCCGAUUGAAUUUCUUUGCAGCCCAAAGUAUUUAUGAUUGAAAAUGGUUUUAAAGAUUAUAAUCAAUGUUCCUGCUGUGACGUUUCAUGACCAUAAUAGUUUCAAUGAUGAAUGAUAAGGACUGCAGAUGAAUCUAUUAUGGUUUUAAGAAUUUGCAAUGCAGCUUCAGUUCGAUUACUAGUUCGAUGAAUUUUAUUUAGUCCCAGAUUUUCUCAAUCCGAUCAAAAAUAUUAAUUGGAAAGAGAAAACAUAUUCUAGAUCUAGUUCAUGUAGCGCGACGAUCAAAACAUUUUCAAUUUAAUAUUUUGGGCGUUUAAAUUGCUCUGAAAUUCAUGUCGGAGUUGUCUUCAUGCCGUAGUUAAGUAAAUUUUGGAUACAAAAAAUGAUUGCGAGUUCAAUCGAGGCCAAUUUUCGAUUUUAUACGAUUACUGUGUAGAUUAAAUGUUUAUUUAAUAUUAUAUUUUGUAGUGUGAAAUAUUUUUUGAAAUUGUUUUACGAAAGGGUGAGUCAAGUGUAUCGAUCUCCAGUAAUUUGAUUGUUUGAACCCUUCGUUUAUUUAUUAUUAUUGUUAAAUAUUUCUACGAAAAGUACCUGAGUAAUUGUAGGUUGAUUUUGUACUGUAUGUCAUAGAAUGUCCUUCGUUUGUUAUGUAUUGUGUAUUUACUGUUUUUAUUGAUGUUAAGUAGCAACUAUUUUGUCAAUAAAACGACAAAUUCUUUA